AUGUCCUUCCAACGAAAGCAGGAGAAGGACUUUACCCCAGAGGUCAAGGCCCUCACCCCCGAGGUCGAGCAGGUCGCCAAGGCUGGUAACCUCACCGAGGCCAUCGACAAGAUCUCGGCGCUUGAGAAGCAGACUCGCAAUGCGUCCGACAUGCCAUCGACCGCGGCGCUCUUGACGCUGCUUGCCCGUCUGUGCUGGGAGGCAGGAGACCUUGACGCGCUCAACACCCAGCUCACCCUCAUGUCCAAGAAGCACGGCCAGCUCAAGGAGGCCGUCGUGCGCAUGGUCGACGAGGCUACCCCUUGGCUCGAUGCUCUCAAGCAGAAGAAGGAGGCUGGCGCGUACAAUGGCACCCAGGACCGUUGGCUGGAGCUCCUCACCACCAUCCGCGACAUUACCGAGGGCAAGAUUUACCUCGAGCUCCAGCGUGCGCGCCUCACCGUCCAGCUCGCCGAGUACCACGAGCGUCUGGCGCAGACUGCUCCCAAGGCCGACCCCAGUGCCAAGAAGCCCGAGGUCGCCGAGUCGAGCACCGCCGCCACUGCCGACAAGGACGAGACCAAGAAGAAGGAGCCCGUGACUGCCGAGGACCACCUCGACACUGCCGCCGACCUCAUGAGCGAGAUUCAGAUCGAGACGUACAGCUCUAUGGACAAGCGCGAGAAGACCGAGUUCAUUCUUGAGCAGAUGCGCCUCGAGUCGCUGCGCGGCAACUGGCCGCGCGUGCGCGUGGGCUCGCGCAAGAUCAACCGCGUCUUCCUGAAGGAGAAGGAGAGCGCCGACCUCAAGCUGCGGUACUACGACCUCAUUGUCCAGCUUGCGCUCCAGGAGGACCUGUACCUCGAGGUGUGCAGCGCGUACCAGGAGGUGUGGGACACUGAGGAGGUCAAGACGGACGAGGCGAGGGAACUGAACGUCAUUGAGAACAUUAUCAUGUACGUUGUCCUCGCGGCAUACAGCAACGAGCAGAGCGACAUGCUGCACAAGCUGUACGCCAACAACGACCUGCAAAAGGCGCCCCUCCACUACGAGCUCCUCAAGUGCUUUGUCACCAAGGAGCUCAUGCGCUGGCCCGGUAUUGAGAGCCUGUACGGCCCCACGCUGCGCCAGUCGCCCGUGUUCGCUCCCGACUCGACGCUGGGUGUCAAGUCGGCCAAGACCCUCGCCAACGCCAUCGGCGUCGACAAGGUCGCCGGCCCCCCCGGUGUCGGCCGUUGGGAGGCCCUGCACAAGCGUGUUGUCGAGCACAACAUUCGCGUCAUUGCCGCCUACUACUCCCGCAUCACCCUCACCCGCCUCACCGAGCUCCUCGACCUGCCGGCCCUCACCACCGAGCGCACGCUGUGCAAGCUCGUGACUGACAAGACCGUGUACGCGCGCAUCGACCGUCCGGCAGGUAUUGUCAACUUCCAGCGUCCCCGCCGUAGCAACGAGGUGCUGGAUGUGUGGAGCGCGGAUAUUGGCAAGAUGCUGUCCCUGGUCGAGAAGACGAGCCACCUCGUCUCCAAGGAGUAUGCCAUGCAGGAGGCGUCCCAGGCGGGACGUAAGAAGGUCAAGGCGUAG